AUGUCUCGCGCUCCAAACACCCACAAAUGGGACGAGCAUUCCCACUUCGGCCUCCUCCGCGCCAUGAUCGACGUGACCAAGCCCAACAAGGAUUUCCUCGUCCAAGUCGCCGAGCACAUGCAAUCCCAGGGCUUCACCACCACCUUCAACGGCGUCAACCAGCACAUCCAGAAGCUUCGCCGCACCCAAGACUCCCCCGAGAAGAACACCAAGAACGGCAGCGUCCCGGCAACGCCCACCAAGGCAACGCCGAAGCGCAAGACUCGCGCUACCAAGGCCAAGCCUUCCAAAUUCGACGACGUUGACGACCAAAUCUCCGUCAAGGAGGAGCAGUACUAUGAUGAUGACCAGGAUGAACCCGAGGCCAAGCGUGUCAAGCAGGACGCGGAGUAA